AUGGCGACUCCGCCUCCAGAGGUUCCUCCUGUCACUAAGGAGGACAAGCCUCGAUUGCCCCCAUCGCCCACUGGCCCUUCUGCGCUUGAAUACCCACCCACCAGCGCGCAAAAUGUCACAGUGAACAUCAAAACCGACGGUCCCAUGGAUACCGACGUUAAGUCACCUGCGCUGAAUGGCCACACUCACGUCGCGCCUUCGAACACCAACGGCACAAUCGUUGCCACCUCACCGCCGAAGUCCCCCGAUCAUCAGACCUCCCCAGAAAUUGUGCAAAACAAGACACCAUCGGCCGCAGAAUCUGCUCCUCCAGCGGAGAUACAGCCAACCGAAGAAAAGAUCAGCCCUCCACAGGGCCAGGAAUCUACCACUACUGCUCCAGCCAACAACGUGGCUGAAAGUGUCCCUUCGUUCGCCUCUGAAGCUGCUGUACACGCUCCCACAGUUUCUGCAUCCACAGAUGGUGCUAAUGAUCAAACUGAGCCAAUGGCGAUCGACACCCCUCGAGAUGGUUCGGCUGCCGUGAAAACCGACCUGCCUCAUCAUCCUACCCCGGCCCCUGCACCACCUGCGCUCACUGCGCCGCAGGCCGUUGACCAUGAGAUGGAGGACAGACCGGAGGCCCCGCUAUCUCCUUCCAAGGUUUCCCGACAGCGGGAUGCUGAUCUCAGCGAAGAACCAGCUCCUAAGCGGACCAAGGUCGAGGGCGACGACUCGAUUGUUAACUUCCAGGCACCGGGAUUCAGCUCCCCAGCUGCUGCAACGCCCGGACCAGGCCGCACUGGUGGCGGACCAGGGCUCACUAAAAUGCAACAUAAAUUCAUUUCAAAGAGCCUUACAAGCCUUAAGCGCAUGCACGAUGCGCGUUUCUACAAGGAACCUGUCGAUGCUGUCAAGAAGUCGCAGAUGACUUCGCGCUGA